GCAUAAGUUCGUGACAGAGCCUCCUGCCUGAGACAUACCCAGUGUGUUGAUGCGAUAUCAUUCGAAAGUGAUUGUGCGAAAGUCUCUCUUCCCAUCCCAAAUGUUCAACGUCUCACCAGGCGCGUGAUCUUAAUUUUCCAAAAAAGGAAUUUAUUUUAUUUUUCUUUCUCUUGUAAAUAAAUAAAUAAAAGUGUGAGGUCAUGACGCGAAUUUUUGUGCUUAUCCUGUGCAUUUCGAUGGCAACCACGCAGAGGAACGCAAAUAUUGUUAAAGAUCGAGGAGAUGGGAACAACGAAUUGAUGCGCCAAAAUAGAAUAACGCAGAGGAUCCUUGCAAAUUUCCUGGAAAGGAGACUCUUUCCACAUCGUCGGCCUCAGCAGAGUAUUCCCACAAUUGACGAAAUCCUACCAUUGACGACUCAGUCGCCCCGAAAUAUCCAACCAAAACUACCUGACAAGGAGGAUGAUGAUUCCCAGCAGACCGACGAUGUGGAGCAAGAGUUCCUGCAGAGUGUCGAGUCUGAGCAUUGGGAUAACUUCUACAAUGACGAUGAUUUCGAUGAAGAUUGCCCAAACUGUGUGGAUGAAUCUCAAUUGACACCAAAUAGAUGGACAAUGCCGCUGCUAAAGCUAGGUGAGAAGCGCUACUACCUGGGAGUCUUCUUCAGGGCAAAUUGGUUCAGAGCGGCACAGUACUGUCGAUUCCAUGGGAUGCAUUUGGCCAGUAUAUCCUCACAGGAGGAGAACGACAAGCUGGAGAAGCACAUUCGUGAUUUCGGGUUCGGAAAUGAACACUUCUGGACUUCGGGCACUGAUCUUGCGGAAGAAGGAAGUUUCUUCUGGAUGUCCACAGGGCGUCCGAUAACAUUUACAAAUUGGAAUGCAGGUGAACCCAACAAUUUCCGGUAUGAGAAUGGUGAGGAAGAAAAUUGCCUGGAACUGUGGAAUCGUGAUGGAAAGGGGCUCAAAUGGAAUGAUUCCCCGUGUAGUUUUGAGACAUACUUCGUCUGUGAGGUACAGUAAAAAUCAACUCAGAGGAUUCCACUAUUUUGAGAUUGAGAGACCACAAUUUGAGGAACAAAAGAGCUUUCUGGGGAGCAUUUAAACACAGGAAUUUCCAUCAUUUUUUCUUCUCUUGAAGCUGUCAUCGAAUCAAACUGAAACGGACACCAAUCAGUUAUUGAUGUAUACUUAAUAAUUAAGUGAUGAUAAGAUUAAAAAAUCCCAUGUAAAUAUACGAAUAGCUUAUUCCAAAUCUUGUAAGAUUAGCAAUAAAUACUUUUUACGAUGAA